AUGGCUGAGAACUCAAACAACAGAUUGGGACUUGGCAGGUUAAGCCACACUGCCUCCGUUCGGCGUGAGAGAGUUGAGCUGUCUACUAGGGGUCGAAGAAGGGAGCAGGAACCCGAGGAUGUUGAUGUUCAGGCUGCACAGGAAAAUACGAAGUAUCCAAGAGGGGCCUCUGACAUCUCCAUUUUGAUCUAUUACAAUGAUCAUGCAGCUCGACAUGUUUGGGAGGGAGAGUCUGUGAACCACACGCGGAAAAUAUUUGAUCUACAUCAUCCUCAUGAGGAUUGUCUCAUGGAGGCCAUUCUUGGCUCCGGACUUGUCGGACUUUGUUGUUCCGGCUACAUUACUAUUAGUCACGGCAUGCCGGGGGCAUUUGCUGAGAGAUGGCACAAGGAGACGACAUUUUUCCACUUUCCUGUUGGGUAG